GAAAGCGACAGCACAUCCCUGACACGGUCCCACAAGCAUGAAUGCCUUUUUCCCACGCCCAUUCAAUUACCUCAGAAGCUCUCUGAUACCCUCGGUAUCACACUCUUGGAUCUCUGCGCGCUGCCCGAGUGCGACAAGAAGGAUGAGCUCAGUAACACAAUCACAACCCGUGCGACCUCGGCGGUUCGCCCCGCUGAACCCGGAGAAGAAGGUGCAGGGCGACGAUCGACCGGUAUUGAAAGGCAUAGUUUUUGAUGUUGAUGGGACGUUGUGUUUACCACAAACUUACAUGUUCCAAGAAAUGAGAGCGGCCUUGGGUAUCACCAAAAGCGUAGACAUCCUCGAUCACAUCUACUCGCUUCCGGCGGCCGAGCAGGAAGAUGCCCAGGAAAAGAUACGCGCCAUCGAGCGCGCAGCAAUGAAGAGUCAGAAGCCGCAAGCCGGGCUCGUCGAACUUAUGGAUUAUCUGGAUUCAAGAAACAUCAAGAAAGGGAUUUGUACGCGGAACUUCGAUGCGCCAGUUGAGCACCUGCUUAAUACGUUCCUUCCAUCGUCCAAAUUCCAUCCCAUCAUUACCCGAGAGUUCAGACCGCCAAAACCCGAUCCUGCCGGCAUCUUGCACAUUGCCAAAGAUUGGAUGCAUGAAGAUGGGAGCUUUUUAAUUAUGGUAGGUGACAGUGUAGACGACUGUACGGCUGGAUAUCGCGCGGGUGCAGCAACAGUGUUACUUGUUAAUGAUGUGAACAAGCACCUCGUCGAGCAUCAGCAUACGGAUCUUGUCGUCAAGCAGCUUGACGACCUGAUUGAAAUUCUGGAGAACGGCUUUGAGGGGAGGGUUGAAGCGAAUGUGUAAGACGCGGAAAGCAAAAGGCUGAUAGAAGAGAUUAUUGCGUGCAUCAACAAUGCAUCUUGUAUGAAGGUAUCGCGCGUGAUAAUUGCUCGAUUUGUGUUCGCGCGUGUAACAUCUUUUCAUGCAAGCACACACAUAGAAGCCCGCUGUAUUUAAUACACACACAUGUAUA